AUGACUUUAACAUGUGCCGCCAAUGGUGUUAACGUGGUGAUUGUUCCCGGGAACGGAGACGUGAAUGUGGCGGACGAGGACGGAUGGUAUUGCUGGGUGAAGAAGAGGCUGGAUCAGAUACCUGGUUUCCAGUGUUUGACUAAAAACAUGCCUGACCCAAUUACAGCUCGAGAGAGCAUCUGGCUACCCUUCAUGGAGACAGAGCUGCAUUGUGACGAGAGGACCAUCAUCAUAGGCCACAGUUCCGGGGCCAUCGCGGCCAUGAGGUAUGCAGAAACACAUCGAGUGUAUGCGAUUGUAUUAGUGUCUGCAUACACAUCAGACUUAGGGGAUGAAAAUGAACGUGCAAGUGGCUACUUCAACCGUCCCUGGCAGUGGGAGAAGAUCAAAGCCAACUGCCCUCUCAUUGUGCAGUUUGGCUCCACUGAUGAUCCUUUCCUACCAUGGAAGGAACAACAAGAAGUGGCAGACAGUUUGGAAACCAAAUUUUACAAAUUCACUGACCGUGAGCACUUUCAGGACACAGAGUUUCCUGAAAUGAUUGAGGUGGUAAAGGCUAUACUGAAAAUAUCAGCACAAACAGAAUGA